CGAAUUAGCGUCACGAUGAAAUUCUUCCUGGUUUUGGUUUUGGCAGGAGUAACGGCGGCAGCGGUGCUGCCCGCAGAAGACAAAUAUGCCAACGGCAAAAGGUAUUACCAUGAGACCAUCGGCAUCAAAGAGGCUGCCCGUAUCAAAGCAGCUGAAGAAGCGACUGACUUCUCCGGCGACAGAAUCGUCGGAGGCUCUAACGCAGCCUUAGGCCAAUUCCCGUACAUGGGUGGUCUACUCAUUAGAAUAAACCUGAUUGUUACCAGUGUGACUUCAGUCUGCGGGGCCUCGAUGCUUACAAACACCCGUGCGGUCACUGCCGCUUCUUGCUGGUGGGACGGAUUAUUGCGAGGUAGUGAGCUCACCGUUGUUUACGGAUCCCUUACUAUCUUCACUGGUGGUACCAGGAUUAACACAAGUGACGUGGUAAUGCAUCCUGAUUGGGACCCAGACUUUCCCCUGCACAACGUGGCCGUUAUCACUCACGAACACGUCAGAUAUACCCUCGACAUUCAUCCUGUAGCCAUGGCAUCUGGAAACAAUCUGUAUGAGAAUGCGCGUGCGCAAGCGAUCGGCUUCGGACGUCAAGAAGACAAUGCAGGCAUCUCUAGUAACCAGCAGCUCCACUACGUAUAUCUCCAGGUGAUAUCCAAUGAAAAAUGUGCUGAGGAUUCCUCAGUCAGCUCACUUUCUGAAUCUAUUAUUUGUACUUCUGGUUACGGAGGCCGCUCUGUGUGCCACAGAGACCAUGGUGGUCCUUUGGUAGCCGACAGACGUCUGAUCGGUAUCGUCUCCUACGUCGAUAGGUUAUUCUGUGAACAGGGUCACCCUCAACUCUACAGCAGGGUGUCCAGCUAUAGCUCCUGGAUUGCGGGCAGGUUAUAAAUCUAUCAUCAAAGAAGACUAAGUUAUAGUAAAUUAUACAAUUAGAUAAUAAAAUAUAACAUUUUCCACUU